AGCUGGGGGCGCGCUCCGGAGCCCCGGGUUCCUGAGCUGGGAGGCGGCGGCCUGGGCUGUUUGGCCGCGCGCCCCGCCCCGCAACGCCUCUGCCCGCCGCGCCCGCCCGCCCCACGCGCGAGCCCCUCCGCCUGCACCUGCUGCGCCCGAACUGGAACUAAGAGCUGCCUGGGCCGGAAGGAAAGGGACGUGGGGGCGGGGGGCAGCCACGGCAGGGUUAACCUCCAUUUCAGCUAACCAUGGGAGAGAUCAAAGUCUCUCCUGAUUAUAACUGGUUUAGGAGUACAGUUCCUCUUAAAAAGAUUAUUGUAGAUGAUGAUGACAGUAAGAUAUGGUCACUCUACGAUGCCGGUCCCCGAAGUAUCCGGUGUCCUCUCAUAUUUCUUCCCCCCGUCAGCGGAACUGCAGAUGUAUUUUUCCGGCAGAUUUUGGCCUUGACUGGAUGGGGUUACCGGGUUAUAGCUUUGCAAUAUCCAGUUUAUUGGGACCAUCUUGAAUUUUGUGAUGGAUUCAGAAAACUUUUAGACCACUUACAGUUGGAUAAAGUUCAUCUGUUUGGGGCUUCUUUGGGAGGCUUUUUGGCUCAGAAAUUUGCUGAAUACACCCACAAGUCUCCUAGAGUCCAUUCCCUCAUCCUCUGCAAUGCCUUCAGCGACACCUCUAUCUUCAACCAAACUUGGACUGCAAAUAGCUUUUGGCUAAUGCCAGCAUUUAUGCUCAAGAAAAUAGUUCUUGGAAACUUUUCCUCUGGCCCAGUGGACCCUAUGAUGGCUGAUGCCAUUGAUUUUAUGGUGGACAGGUUGGAGAGUUUGGGUCAGAGUGAACUGGCUUCAAGACUAACCCUCAACUGUCAGAAUUCUUAUGUGGAACCUCAUAAAAUUCGGGACAUCCCUGUAACCAUCAUGGAUGUGUUUGACCAGAGUGCACUUUCAACUGAAGCCAAGGAAGAAAUGUACAAACUGUAUCCCAAUGCUCGGAGAGCUCACCUUAAAACAGGUGGCAAUUUCCCUUACCUGUGCAGAAGUGCAGAGGUGAAUCUAUAUGUGCAGAUACAUUUGCUGCAAUUCCAUGGAACCAAAUAUGCUGCCAUUGACCCAUCAAUGGUCAGUGCAGAGGAACUGGAGGUGCAGAAAGGCAACCUCAGCAUCAGCCAGGAGGAGCAGUAGCUGGGCCUGCUGGCUCAGGAUGGCAACCCAGCAUGAGUUUGUACAAUCUGUGACAUCAGCACCCGCUAGCCACCUCUCCAGUUCUCCAGGCUUCAUUGUGUUUUGGAAGUAGGACUGAUUGUCAUCUUCAUGAUGAGCAGCAGCUCUUCCAAGCCAGAGUGACCGUUGCCUCUUCAGUGUUUUUUUUUUUUUAGCUUUUGAAUUUAAAGAACUUCUGAAAACUUCCCCUUUUAAGAACUGUGAAAAUUUUGCUACCAAAAGUUCAUCACUGUGUUCUUAAGUGUAUGUUCAUUUCUGAGGUUUGGAUGGUGUUUUUGUCUCCUUUCUUUCCCUUUUCUGUCUUUUUUGCUUGUAUGUUAGUCACUGUAAAUCUGCACAUUGGGACUAUACAUAAUAGGCACACAGGUGAUUUUAUGCUGCUAGGCAUAGCCUGAGUGCCAGACUGGCAGCCCACUGCUCACUCUCCUGAAGGUCACUGUCUACUUGCCUAUUGAGCACAUUAGGUUUUAGCUGUUGUAUUUCUAGACAUUACAAACAUUUGGAAUAAAAACUCAAUUUCAGUGA